UCAGAUUUCAGUCAGUAUUUGCCAGCCUCUAGUAUUGAUGCAUUCGCAAUUAAAAUCUCGGAAUUUCGGUAAAAUGUUUAGUGCAAUAUUUGUCAUGUCGUUAUGUUUGUGUUAUGGCGAUACUCUAGUUAUACAGGAUUCAGGCGGCGAAUACGAGAGGCAGGAGGACGGGGGUUUUUCAUCCACUGACAACCAAAAUGCUGCCAAUCACUACGUUGAUACACUCCCGGGGGAUCCCGAUCUGGAUUAUCCAACUUACAGGGAUAUUCCCAGGACUGCAUUCUCCUGCCAGGGAAAAGUUAAUUGGCGUUACUAUGCUGAUAUUGAUACCGGUUGUCAGGUCUUCCACGUGUGCGAGACGCAGUACUCGAAAAUCUCCUUCCUCUGUCCGAUCGGCAGCAUCUUCAACCAGAAGCAUCUUGUGUGCGACUGGUGGUACAACGUGGACUGCAGCGGGGCGGAAAGCUUAUACACGUUAAGAUUACAGUCUAACGAGGCCGACGAACAGGAUGAGCCUGAGGAUCGAACCGGAUUCGAUUUGAGUCCGGCAUUCUCUGGCGGAAACGUCGAUCCGGCGACGUCCAAAUUAAAAGAGGCAGAGAACGGGAAGAGCCCGAACCGGAGAAGGGUCUAAUGCGUGCUCGCAGCAAUUUGAUUUAUAUAAGUUUUCUGCGUACUCACUCAAACUGAACCCGAAUUGA